AUACCAAAGAAAUCAUAUGGCUCACGGGACAUUAAAAGCUUAUUUGAGAGUGAAUGUAGAGCCUAAUAACUCUGUGCAAAAGCUGUUAAAUAUUAUUGGGAAUGAUGAAUCAAUAGUUUACCUUGAAAAUAUAUUGAAAGCUUUUAGGAAUAACAAAAUUAAUAAGGUUAUAUUGCAGGACAAUACUCAAAUUUUAUGGAUAAUGGAAUUUUUUGGCUAUGGUCUUUCCCUCUCCUUUGACAGGUACGAAACGAUAAACGAAAUUAUACAAAUUUAUUACAAUUGGCUUUCGGUGCUCAAAUCAGACACAAAAUCCCCGAACGUGCCUCAAUCAAUCAUACACGACCCUGAUCUUUACGGCCAAAAGAUAUUGGACCAACUCUACAACGCCUUUUUGCCCCGGAUCAUCGAUACGAGCACCGAAAAUUUGGGAUAUCAAGCCAUGGCCUGCAUCCAAAUUUUAUUGAUAAUCAAUAGUCUCACGGAAACGUCCGCGGAUUCCAUAUUUAAUUCUAGCUUUAAGGUUUUAACUCCCGAAUUAUGGGAACACGUACUUUUAUGGUUGCUUCGUGUCAACGAUACAAUAUUGAAUAUUAAUCAAGAUUCGAUGAAUCCUGAAUACAUAACGCUGGGUAAUUUGGUAGGGAACCAAGCACUAAAAACCUUGUUCGACGUUUGGAUACGAUCGGGUUCCCACUAUUUUCCGGCCCCCAUAUUUUGGAAUACUCUUAAACAAUUUUGCAAGACUUCUUGGAAAUUUAGGUAUCUACCUCUCAUAGAGCAAUGGAGCGUUUGCAACCUUUACUUGAGCCGACAACUCUUAAAAUCUCAAACAGAUUCUCAAACUUCAUCUCCUAUGGACUUCGACGUGCUAGCCCAAUAUUGGUUUAAGAUGCUGAGAACGAUAGGUUCUCCUCAACACAUAUGCUUUCAUACUUGGCUCUAUUAUUGCCGACACCAACCUAGCAAUAGUUCGACGAGUAUGAGCGUAAAGGAUUGGGCGAAAGAUUUGCAAUUACUUUUCCCUCAUUUCCAGAUCUCAAAUUCCUUCUUAGCUUCCCAUACCAAGAAUGAUAAUAAUAAUUCCAACCUCAAAAAGGAUUCUAAUUACGAUAAUUUUAAUAACGUCAGCGCGAGUAAUUUAAUGAGCAAAAGCAAUAACCCACUGGAGCAGACAUUCGUAUGGAAUCAUUUGCAUUUGUGUUCUCUCAUAUUUUUGCGGUUCUUGACCGGGAUUUCUAAAAUUGUAGACAUAUUUUUAGGUUGCGAUCAAGAACCUAUAACGAAUUCAACCGGAACUAACAUACACGCCUCCGCCACAGUUCCAAUUCGUACUAAAUCUCCAACACCUCCCGCUAAGAAAAAGAACGCGAAUUUGGCAGCCAGCUCUAAAGAUGCUUUACCCAAACAAAUUUCUUCCAACCUAUCAUCCAACUCACCCAGCAACCAAUCAUCUAACCAAUCCUCCAAUAACCUCAUUAUCAAUAACCCUUCUUCUCAAUCGUAUCAAAAAGAUAAGUUGCACAAUACUUCAUCCACCGCUUCCAACUUUAAUAGACCUCACACGAGCAUGCCAAAUCAGACCAAUUUGAAUCCCAAAGCUGAUUUGUGUUACCAAUUAAACACCGCUUCCCCGUUGGUGAUAUCUACGAAGCGCCACAACUAUAUUACUACAAUACCCAUAGGUCCCGAUAACCAAAAUCCGCAAACUGACCUUAAUCAUUAUAGCGGAAAGGUAGGAAACGUUGCGGGAGAUUUUGACGAGCCUAUAGACCGAAUAGAAAAGAACGGAGAAGACAUAAGGGAGGAAAUUAAGGACUCUAAUACUCUAUGUAGUCGGGAUUCUUUGCUUAAAAUAUUCGGGGAGUGGUUAUUUUCUUGCGCUUCACUUAAUACCGGUAUCUUGCCUUUCAGUUCCGAAAUAUUUUUUCAAUACGGAAAAGCUGAAGCCUGCGGCACUCUUUGCAGAAUCAUAUGCCAACGCACGACAGAUGAACCCGUUUCACCGCUAUACCUCUACAACUUUUACAACCUGAUCCAUUUCGUUAUCGACAAACAUGCCAUUUCCGGUAAUAUUGAUCAGAGUACCCAUCAUAAUGCAAAUAUGACGAGCGUCGAAAAUUUGGAUAUAACUCAAGCGUGCGUCCUUAUAAAUAGCCCCGAUUUAUUCAGGAUUGACCUGGAAGGGGUUUCCGUGUUAUUGAGGGAUUAUUUGAUCCUAAUCGAUUCCACUAUCCUUAAUUGCAAUUAUAAUAAUAUUCAAUUGACCAACUCUUCCGGUCAGAUGGGAAAUCGGAGUUCUAUCGGGUCGAAUAGCGCGAUAAUCAAUUAUCAAUACAUAUCGGAAACCACGAUUUCCUCUUUCGCCCUCAGAAACUCCGCUAUUAACAUCCUUUCCAGCGUAGUUUGCUUAGCUACCCACAACCCUAACCUGACAAUCGAAGGUUUCACUUUCGAACCAGCCAAAAGGAACGGCUCGGAGAAUCUCGAUUCAUCGCUUAUCGACAGGCGGAUAACUUUUGCCACCUUAAGAAAACCGGUGCUUGAUUUAUUGUUCGGUGCGAUGGAAAACGAGAUUUACUCUUCUAACGUUCAAAUGUUAUUGGGGUUGAUGUCUCUAAUCCUUCUAGAUUUCGCCUUGUAUCAAGGAGAAGUAAAUGCUUUAUUCGAUGCAGAGGAACGAAUGCAAACUAAAUCCACAUCCAGUUCAAUCGUGCAUCAUUACAAUCUCAGGUCCUCGAUACCUUCGUCGCUUUAUCCGUCGCAACCAACAAGGAGUCACGAUCCACACGCGCAAAACCUACAGGAUGACGUUGGGGAAGACAUUUCUAAUCACGGGUCCCUUAAUGAACCUAACGACAAAAUGACGCAAGAAUCAGAUUCCCAAAAAGUUGAAAGUCUGAAUCAUUAUUACUGGUGCUUCGAUUGCCUCUUCGAAACUAUAAUGGGAAGCGUUCUCAAGACUUUCGAUAAAUGGUGGAUAGAAAAGGAAGAUUUUAACGUGGCGCUGAGUUGUCUUGCCACCCUUUCCCAAAUGGCUAAAAUCAAGAUUUUGAUCUACAAACCGCUAUGCGAAACCAUUAUAAAAACUCUCUGUAACCACGUGGUGAGAAUGUGUAGUCAGCUUCCACCCACCAAGCAUACCAAGGACUUGCAUACGUUGAUUGUUUUUGCUUACUCUUGCUUGAGCAUGUGGCUAACCUACCACCCAUCGCUACUAGACGAUCAAAGCUUGCUGUAUUUACUCUUGGAAAUAUCCGAAAUUGGAAUGACCGGGCAUAUCUCUAGGGAGACGAAAGAUAAAACAGUGAUAUACAAGGAACAAAGGGAAUGCCGACCAGUAUCCAAGAGGGUGGCGAAUGCUUCCGAAAAUCUGUUGGCGCUUAUACUCACCUUAAACAAAACUAUAUCCGGUAAAACAGAAUUAGACGAUUUCACAUUGAAACGCGAAAUAGAAUUGUUGACUUACGUUUAUAAUAAUAAUAAUCCUAAAUACAGACCUCAGUAUUUUUCUCUAGGGUUUAAUUUGAUAUUCGGGUUUUUUUGCGACCACAGAUUGCCCACGAAUUAUGAAGCCACGGAAAGCGUGAAUAAUCAAUGCAUUCUCGUGAUUCACAAUAGUUUUGGAAGGCAGGCUUGGAAGUUGAAUUACGCGAAAUCCUUAAAUGGCACUUCUCCGCGCAAACAGUCUCAAAAUUUCAACCUAACAACCGACCCCAUCCCACAUAAAUUAAACUCUUCCGACUCCAACUCGCAUCUCGCGGAAACGCUAAAGGCGCACAAUUUUGGCGAGAAGCCGUUUUACCUCUACCGAACGAUCAAACCAGAAUUUUUGGAUAAAAUGAUUUCGCAAGAUAUCCAAUCUUAUUUACCGCCUCAUUUAUGCGUUCCCGCCGAUGAUGGACUUCUUUCGUCCAUGGAUAGCAUCAGUGUGAGUAGCCAUUAUGAUAGUGUCUAUAACGAGAAAGACGUGAGUUCUAACGAUUUUGAUGAUUUCGAAAAAUCGUUCAAGCAACACAUGUCCGAAUAUCACGGAUUAGGGAAAAUCCUACCAGAAAAUAUUCAAGCCAUUAACACUUUUCCUCAAAAGAAUCAUCUAUCACCAUUCGACGUAUUUAAAACUUUGAAUCCAGAAAAUCUCGCUUAUUAUCCACCCAAGAAUAUUCAAGAGAUCAAUUUACCCCGAUUAUACCUUUCCCAGCUGGGAUUCUUGAAUAUGGAUAACAUAACAAAAAAUUUCGAUCAAUACAACAAAGACACAUUUCCCGCAUCCUUUCCCCAACAGUUAUACCACCUUAACGUGGAAAAUUCGAAGGAGACAUUGCACCAUUUCACUCAAUCAUUGCUAAAUCUCAAUUCCAUUGAAUCUAAGCCCAAAGAAAUUGUUUUCGUUUGCUACGAAACUGGUAAUGGUUAUGACAAAGACCGAGAUAUUUGUGAAUUGUUUAAUCAAGAAAAGCAAUACAAAGAUAACCUAAAGUACGAAAAGUUUCAAAAAUUUUUGUCGACCUUGGGUGCUAAUAAUAUUUCGGAGGAAUCAUUGGUCAUCAAUUCUGAUUCAUAUUGGAAGAUCAUCUUCGUUAAGAAGUUGGACAAUCAUUUAAAAGCCACGAAAGAAGAACCUAACUCGAAAGCUAAACAUUCGGCAAAAUGUAUCCUAUCCACCUAUGCACGUUUGUCAACCGUUCACCCCCUCUACAAUAAUGACGCCGAACAAAGAGUACAAGAUUUAUGCAAUAAUAAAACGAGUCCUCCUUAUUCUUUUCACGGAGACUCAAUGGGAAAUUUAAAUUCUAGCAUUUCCCAACAAUCGAAGAUAAUGUUUUUCACGGUGUGGCUUGAAACCUUUUUGGCGAUAGAAAAUUUCCCUUUCGGCGAAUUAUACGAAACGUUCAACGAACAAUCUCAUUCUUCUACAACGAACCAAACGAGUCAUAAUACCUCUACCCAAGAAAAUAAAAUCGACAUUUUUGUCAUAUUUAUUCACCCACUUAAAAACGGACUCUUUCGCAUUUUCGUCAAAACAUCUUUGCGGGGAAGAACCUCUCUUUCAUUUCCGCUCUUCUCAAACAUCGUUGUAAGCAACCGUACCUUGUUUCCCCUUAUACGCGAAACCAUUAUUCACGUUAGCCAAAUGAAAAAAUUAGAAAAUGAAAGUCACACUACCCCGGAGACACUGCGCAAAACUGAAAUACAGAAUAUAGUUCAAAAAUAUUCUACGAAAUUGGACCUAAAAACUUUUGUUAAACUUUUACUGUGAUCUUUUUACAAAACGAAUAAGUAUCUUUUUUUUUGUUAGUAAAGUAUCGAUUGCAUAGUUAAAUGAUACAAUAUAAAAAACCUGAUUACGAUAAUGGACCAAUGUAAAAUGCAGUAUUUUUUUUAAAAAAAACAUAUUUAUUAUAAUAUUACGCGUUGAAAAGAAUUAUUGUUAUUUAUUUUAUAAUAUAGACAUUAACACUAAAUUAUAUUUCGGCAAUUUGAAAAAGAAUCGAGACUUAUUUAUAAUACAAUAAUAAUAAUACAUUAUUCAAUGACAUUAAUGCUAGCUAAGACUGACAAUUUCAAAAUCAUUACAAAUGUAUCUCUUUACAUAAGGCGUCUACUAUAGCUGAUUUUUCAAUGUGUUUACGCUUUUUAUAAAUUAAUCGCCAGUAUCUAUGCUAGUAUUAAAUGUUAUUUCGAUAACUAAUUAGAAAACCAUAUUUUGACAAUUUAUUAUAAUUCAUAUAUUUUUAAAAUUAUACAUCUAUAUAUUUUUUUUUAUCGCAAUAUUUGGAAUUUAUUAUAACGAGCGCUUUUCGUAUAAAAAAUUAUUUUUUUUCCUUCUUUCGGGAAAUCCCUUAAAAAAAACAUAAUUUUUAUCAUUGACUUCUUUUUUAAUUUAUGAACACAAUAA